AUGGCCAAGACUCGUGCCUCUGCCACGUCUAAGAAAACAGUAACCCCAACCAAGCGUGGUCGAGCUGCCUCCUCCCCCGUACCAUCUACGCGCGAUGAGUCCCCUUCCCCUUCCCCUGAUCAUGGGGGUGAAGAAGGAGACCUUGACGAUCCUCGAGAAGGUCGUCCUCGGAAGCCCCAGGCUCUGGUGAUGAGGCUGAGCGGCAGCCUGCUCCGUCUGGUAGACAGACUGCCAAAAGCACUGGUCGCGGUGGAAGGCGUGGCACUGGAUCUCGCAAGGCCUCGCUACACAAAGCGCAACCCUUCUCUCUCCCCUACUCCCACUCGUUCUCAGGCUCACCAGGAUUCUACACCUUUGGCUGGGGAUGAGAAAGAGGUUCAACGGAUCACCAAAAGCUUCAUUUCAAACGAGGCUGAUGACGUUCAUCGCCACUCUGAGACUUCAGAGGAUGAAGGUUCCGAUCAGGACAAGUACUGCGAGAUCGACACCUCGUUGAAGGUGAAGGAGCUGCAGGCUGCUAGGGCUCGUCGAGAAUCCCAGCAGGCUGAGAAGAUGGCUGGCAUCUCCUCUGACGAUGGCGAUUACCAUGUGCGUGUUCCUGACAAUCAGAAGACGCCUAGGAAGAAGCCUUCUAUGGGAAAGCUGAACGUCUCUCCAAAGUCUCCGUCUCCGCAAAAGCCUAGACACCCCUCAGCUUCCAAGCCUGUGGUCGAGAUCACUAUGACACCCCGUGGGCGUCAGCAGCGUCGCACCAAGUCAGAGUCGCACAUCACUCACUUGACGCCAACCAAGCGUGGCAAGGCAGCCCAACUCAGGCCCCAGGCUGAGGACUCAGACGAUGACAUCAUGUCUGAAUUUGAGUUGGAGGCGGCUGGGGGGGCUGAAGACGCUAUGGAUAUUGAUGACGAGGACUCUAACCCAGAUGCUCUCUACGUGCUCAGUCCUGACCACACCACCAAUGGCACACCGAGCAAGAAGCUUGCAAGCAAGAUGUCCUCGAUCAAGAUGAAAGACAGGACUCCUUCGACUAGCUCGACUCCAACCAAGAAGAGAAACGUCAAGGUGCAAGCUGACAGCUUGGUUGACACUGCCUCCCGUGCUAGUGGUAGUCUUGUAUCUGCUUUCAAGGCGGCAGGCAAGCGCUCCAAGUCUUCUGAAGAUGAAGGCAGUGAUGACGCUCUCAAGUAUAACGUCUCCCACAAAAAGGCCCGCUUCUCAAUCAAGUACAAGUCUGCGUCAACCCAGACCACAGACCUGUCGGAAGUGAAAGUUGAACGCCUAAGCUCAAGGACAAGGCCUCAAAAUCGGUACCGCACGAGCUUUGGGGUGUUCAGCAGUCAUCGACAGGAGCACCACGAUCACAACAUCCGCCAUGGGCUGCCUGACUUUGAGAAUGACGGCAAGACGUACAUGGUGAACUACAUUCACCCACUGCAUGUGUUCACUAGGAUCUUUUACAAGACGUUGGCCAACACUGGCGACGGCAUGAAGGUCUUCAAUAUUGGAUGCGCUGACCCUAAGUUCUUCAAGAAGGUCUCCAAGUUCAAGGCUAACUCGUACUAUCUGUGUUUCGACAACCUGGCUCUUGGCAACAACAUAGCUAUUGGCUAUGCUGUUGGCAUGGUGAUCAGAGCGCACACGGAGAACAACGGGGAGUUCCAGUUUGGUGCCACGUCGUUAUACGGCAAAGGCAUUCACCUUGAGCUGCUCGGCAAGGCUGAUAAUGCUCGACUGGGUCCUUUUGAAGCAACGAUCGCCACUGGUGAAACUGCGCUCUUGAAGAAUGAUGAGCUUGUUAGCCAGGGUUGCUUCUGGGCACACUCUGCGUUGCACAACCCUGAACGUGCAAGUACCAUGACACCUCGGCCUAAAAGGUCAAUCUCUGGUCCUGUCCCGAAGAGCAUCCACCUCAGCUCAGAUGAGGACGACGAGGAAGUGGGUUCCUCUAGUCGCUCUGUGCGGCAGUCUGAUCCCAUCAAGGAUCUGAGUGACACGGUGAAGUCGUAUCACUCGCCGAUGCCACCUCGCUUCAAGUGCUUACUCUGUGCUUUCAGACCCAGUUGGGACGCCACUGCGCACUUCCAGAAGGAAGACAGAGUCGAGAGCUAUCUCCUCAACAGCCUCAGUUGCUCCCUCGCUGCCUUCCUGGUGAGGGUGGUGAACCACUCCAGCCUCACGAUCUGGCUGUCGUCUACUUCACCUGCAACUCUUACUCUAAUUGUCGUCUCCCUGUGCAU